GCUGAAGAAAAACAAACGAAUCGUGAAAAUGCCGAAAACUGCAAUUUUUUAGCAUAAUUAAGGGAUUUUGUGCACGCACCAUGGACAUUGCCGCAAUUGACCUGAGCGUGGAAGCGCUCAUUGGCUCGUUGCUGGCUCUGGGCGUGCUCUUUGCGUUCUGUCGCAGCAUUCUGGCCGAAGAUGUUGUCAUUAGCAUAUUAUCGGGGAAGUCACGUCAUAGCUGGAAAUCAAUAAAAAUCAUCGAGCAGGCCUGCUUCUGUAAUGUAUGCGAGAUUUUGAUGACACCCUCGGCAGGACUCUUCUGCGACUGCUGCGGCCUAUGCACGCACGCAACGCCGGUAUGCCAGCGCCAGGCGGACAGAGGAUAUCGAUGCAAGGAUAAAUGGUUGCGCAACGAGACCUCCGUGCGGCAUCUGUGGGUCCACGGCAAUCUGCCGAUGGGAAUCAACUGCUCUGCCUGUGGUGAUGAAGUGGAUCAUCAUGCUAGCACUGAUCCGGGACUGUAUGGAUGGCGCUGUGCCUGGUGCCAGCGCUGCUACCACGAUGACUGCUACAAGGAAAUCAAUGUCAAGGACGAGUGUGACUUUGGCGAGUUCAAGGACAUGAUUUUUCCGCCAUACAGCUUUGUGGCCGCCCGCACUCGGGACUCAAUGCGCCUGCAUCUGGCCAGUAUAACACCGCCCGAUAUAGAGAACUGGGAGCCUUUGAUUGUGAUAGCCAACACAAAGUCUGGCAGCAGUACGGGCGCCGAUGUUUUGUCCCUUCUGCGUGGCUACCUGCAUCCUAUGCAGGUCAUGGAGCUCGGCUCCCGCGGACCCCAGGACGCUCUGCAGUGGGCAGCAAAGGCUAGUCCCCGCCCCUGUCGCAUACUGGUGGCCGGCGGAGAUGGGACCAUUGGUUGGGUGAUGAACACCAUCUACGCUUUGAAUAUAAAGCCCCAGCCCUCGGUAGCCAUCAUGCCGCUGGGCACUGGCAACGAUUUGUCGCGAGUGCUUGGCUGGGGAGCGGAGCCACCCACUGUUCUCGACCCGGUACAGAUCCUGCGCAGCAUUCGACGCGCCCGCUCCAUCAAUCUGGAUCGUUAUGACCUGCAAAUCGAGAAGCUACACUAUCGACUGCCCAUUCAAAGACAUCCCACAAAGACCGUACACGUGUAUAACUACUUCAGCGUGGGUGUGGACGCGUACAUCACCUACAACUUCCACAAGACGCGCGAAUCUCGAUUUUAUCUUCUCAGCAGCCGCAUUUUCAAUAAGCUGCUGUACUUUACAUUUGGAACGCAGCAGGUCAUGCAACCGGGCUGCGAACGAAUUGAGGAAAAACUCACCUUGUACCUGGACAACAAACCGAUCCAACUGCCGGAACUGCAGGCGCUGGUCUUUCUCAACAUAGACUCCUGGGGCGCCGGCUGCAAGUUGUGUGAGCUGAGCAACUCCAAUGGCGAUACGCGAAUUGUCAACUCUAUAUCCGAUGGAGUGAUGGAAGUGUUUGGCAUCGUCUCGUCCUUUCACAUCGCCCAGCUGCAGUGUAACAUAAGCAAACCAGUGAGGAUUGGCCAAGCCAAGCAGAUUAGGUUGCAAGUGAAGGAAACCGUACCGAUGCAGGCAGAUGGAGAGCCCUGGAUGCAGAGUCCGGCCGACAUACGAUUGCAGGCACGCAGCCAGGCUCGUGUCCUCAAGCUGGAUCCAAUCUCCACCUAAUAUUUGACCCCCAGACUAAUCCACAUUGUGCCAGUCACCGUAAUCUCCCCUAACGUACUUAUAUAUUUAAUGAAUGUACUUGACUCGAAACCGCAUUCUAUUUAACUUUCGAAUUGUUUUAAGUUGAAAAGUUGCAAUCGCAUUUGAAAGCACUCCUAAUGCUAGUCCCAAAAUAAACAGGAAUUGUGUCAGAAAGAA